CAUUCUAGGAAGAGGAGCAGCGCUGUACGUCUGAUCUUUGUGCUCUUACUUGUAAAUAAUAAUAUGCAGCUCCGGACGCUUCUCUGUGAGUCUUCCUCAGAUUCUUCUGAGUCGUCUUUAACAAGUUAGAAACAAACAAAGUCAGAAGGUAUGCAAAAUUAUUGAGAUCAGAGCUCUGAGUAGUUUCACUUUAGAGAAAGCGUAACUCAUCCAGGGUUGAAAUGGCGGGGCUGGACCGGGACUCUUUCUCUUGCUCCAUCUGUUUGGAUCUACUGAAGGAGCCAGUGACUAUUCCCUGUGGACACAGCUACUGCAUGAGCUGUAUUAAAAGCCACUGGGAUACAGAGGGGGAGAAUAAGAGCUAAAGCUGCCCUCAGUGUAGGCAGACCUUCACACCCAUGCCUGUGCUGGUGAAAAGCACCAUGUUGGCAGUUUUGAUGGAGGAGAUGAAGAAGAGCAGACUCCAGGCUGCUCCUGAUGAUCACUGCUACGCUGGAGCUGAAGAUGUGGCCUGUGAUGUCUGCACUGGGAGGAAACUGAAAGCCCAAAAGUCCUGUCUGGUGUGUUUGGUCUCAUUUUGUGAGAAACACCUUCAACCUCAUAAAUCUUCGGCCUUUGAAAAGCACAAGCUGGUGGAGCCAACCAGGAAGCUCCAGGAGAACAUCUGCUCUCGUCACGAUGAGGUAAUGAAGAUGUUCUGUCGCACUGAUCAGCGCUCCAUCUGUUAUCUCUGCUCUGUGGACGAACACAGAGGCCACGACACCGUCUCAGCGGCAGCAGAGAGGGCCGAGAAGCAGAGAGAGCUCCAGGGGAGUCGUCUCAACAUCCAGCAGAGAAUCCAGGACAGACAGAAAGAUGUGAAGCUGCUCCAACAGGAAUCGGAGGCUAUCAAUCGCUCCGCUGAUAAAGCAGUGGAGGACAGUGAGAAGAUCUUCACCCAACUGAUCCGUCUCAUGGAGCAAAGACGAUCUGAUCUGAAGCAGCAGGUCCGAUCACAGCAGGACGCUGAGGUGAGUCGAGUCAUGGAGCUUCAGGAGAAGCUGGAGAAGGAGAUCGCUGAGCUGGAGAGGAAAGACGCUGAGCUGGAGACACUGUCACACACGGAGGACAACAACCACUUUCUACACAGCUACCCCUCACUGUCACAAAUCAGUGAAUCUGCAGACUCAUUCAGCUCUGACCGUCAUCCUCUGAGCUACUUUGAGGAUGUGACAGUGGCUGUAACAGAAGUCAGAGAUCAGCUACAAGAAGUUUUGAGAGAGAAGUGGACCAACAUCACACAGACGGUGACUCAUGUGGAGGUUUUACUGUCGGCAGCACCGCCAGAGUCCAGAACCAGAGCUCAGUUCUUAAGAUUCUCAUGCGACAUCACUCUGGAUCUAAACACAGCACACAAUCAGGUCUCACUGUCUGAUGGGAACAGAAAAGCAACAUAUACAAAACGUAGCCAGUGUUAUUCCAAUCACCCAGACAGAUUCACUUAUUGGAGGCAGGUUCUGAGCAGAGAGAGUCUGCCUCAGCGUUGUUACUGGGAGGUGGAGUGGGCUGGUUCUGGGGUUAGUGUGGCAGUUUCAUACAAGAAUAUCAGCAGAUCAGGGAACUCUAGUGAGUGUGUAUUUGGAGGAAAUGACAAAUCCUGGAGGUUAGAUUGCUACAACAACAGUUAUACAUUUGUGCACAACAAAGUCAGUACUCCAGUCUCAGGUCCUCAGUCUAACAGAGUGGGUUUGUGCGUGGAUCACAGAGCAGGUAUUCUGUCCUUCUACAGCGUCUCUGAGACUAUGACUGUCCUCCACAGAGUCCAGACCACGUUCACUCAGCCUCUGCAUGCUGGACUUUUGUUUUGGUUGCAUGUUGGAGACAAAGCUGAGUUCUGUAAACUCAAAUAGAAAAUCAGAG